CACCGCUCUCGUGCACGGCGUUGGGAGCUACGUGCUUCGCCGCCGCCGCCGCCAAGAUGCCGCGGAUAAUGAUUAAGGGGGGCGUGUGGCGAAACACCGAGGAUGAAAUUCUUAAAGCAGCUGUAAUGAAAUAUGGCAAAAACCAAUGGUCUCGUAUUGCCUCUUUAUUGCACAGAAAAUCAGCAAAGCAGUGCAAAGCCAGAUGGUAUGAGUGGCUAGACCCAAGUAUCAAGAAGACAGAAUGGUCGCGAGAAGAAGAAGAGAAGUUAUUGCAUUUGGCCAAACUUAUGCCAACGCAGUGGAGGACUAUUGCACCAAUUAUUGGAAGAACAGCUGCCCAGUGCUUGGAACACUAUGAAUUUCUACUGGAUAAGGCUGCUCAGAGAGACAAUGAGGAAGAAACCGCUGAUGAUCCUCGAAAACUUAAACCUGGAGAAAUUGACCCAAACCCAGAAACCAAGCCAGCCAGGCCAGAUCCUAUUGAUAUGGAUGAGGAUGAACUUGAGAUGCUUUCUGAAGCUAGAGCUCGUUUGGCUAACACUCAGGGAAAGAAAGCCAAAAGAAAAGCAAGAGAGAAGCAGUUGGAAGAAGCUAGGCGCCUUGCUGCUCUGCAAAAGAGGAGGGAACUCCGAGCUGCAGGGAUUGAGAUCCAGAAAAAAAGGAAGAAGAAAAGAGGUGUAGACUACAAUGCUGAAAUCCCAUUUGAGAAGAAGCCUGCCCCAGGUUUUUAUGACACAUCAGAAGAAAACUACCAGGCCCUAGAUGCAGAUUUUAGGAAGCUGAGGCAACAAGACUUAGACGGAGAACUGCGAUCAGAAAAGGAAGGAAGAGAGCGAAAGAAGGACAAGCAACAACUAAAACGGAAAAAGGAAUCUGAUUUACCUUCAGCAAUUCUUCAAACUAGUGGGGUGUCGGAAUUUACAAAAAAAAGAAGCAAGUUGGUGCUUCCGGCUCCUCAGAUUUCAGACACAGAACUUGAAGAAGUAGUAAAAGUUGGCCAAGCAAGUGAGAUUGCACGUCAAACAGCAGAGGAAUCGGGGAUCACAAACUCUGCUUCCAGCACACUCUUGUCGGAAUAUAAUGUUACCAACAACAGCAUUGCCCUUCGAACACCCAAAACACCAGCAGCACAGGACAGGAUUUUACAGGAAGCUCAGAAUUUGAUGGCUCUUACAAAUGUUGACACCCCGUUGAAAGGUGGUCUUAAUACACCCCUUCAUGAGAGUGACUUCUCUGGGGUAACACCUCAGAGACAAGUUGUUCAAACGCCAAAUACUGUACUUUCUACUCCUUUCAGGACUCCUACUCAUGGGGCUGAAGGUCUAACUCCUCAUAGCGGGAUGACUCCAAAGCCAGUGGUGGGAGUGACUCCAGGCAGAACACCCCUGCGCGAUAAACUGAAUAUUAAUCCUGAAGAGGGAAUGGCAGAUUAUAGCGAUCCAUCAUAUUCAAAACAUAUGGAAAGAGAAUCCCGUGAAAAUUUGCGCCUAGGGCUUAUGGGUCUUCCUGCUCCAAAGAAUGACUUUGAAAUUGUUCUGCCUGAAAAUGCAGAAAAGGAACUUGAGGAUCAUAACGCAGAUGAUAUAUACAUAGAAGAUGCAGCUGAUGCAGAUGCUCGCAAACAGACCAUUCGAGAAAUGGAGCGUAUAAAGGCGCUAAAACGGACACACAAAGCAGUUCAGAAAGAUCUACCAAGACCUUCUGAAGUAAAUGAAACAAUCCUGAGACCUUUAAACGUAGAGCCGCCCCUGACGGAUUUACAGAAGAGUGAGGAGCUGAUUAAAAAAGAGAUGAUCACUAUGCUUCACUUUGACCUUGUGCACCACCCUUACGGAGAGCUCCCAGGAGGCAAAAAGGGGAAGGUCCCAGGAUUUGGAGCCAGCAGUACAGAACACAUGUCCUACCUGGAACACAGUCCUUAUGAGAAGCUCUCAAAGGAAGAUCUCAAGAAGGCUGAAGAACUCUUGGCCCAAGAAAUGGAAGUAGUGAAGCAAGGGAUGGGGCACGGAGAGCUUUCCAGUGAAGCUUAUAACCAGGUGUGGGAAGAAUGCUACAGCCAGGUAUUAUUCCUGCCCGGACAGAAUCGCUACACACGAGCCAACUUGGCCAGUAAAAAGGACAGAAUUGAGUCCCUUGAGAAGAGACUAGAGAUCAACAGGGGUCACAUGACGACAGAAGCAAAGAGGGCUGCUAAAAUGGAGAAAAAGCUGAAAAUCUUACUUGGUGGUUAUCAAUCUCGAGCGAUGGGGCUCAUAAAGCAAUUAAAUGACUUGUGGGACCAAAUUGAACAAGCUCACCUUGAAUUGCGCACAUUUGAGGAAUUAAAGAAGCACGAAGAUGCUGCUAUCCCAAGGAGACUGGAGUGUCUAAAGGAAGAUGUUCAGCGACAACAGGAAAGAGAAAAGGAGCUUCAGCAGAGAUUUGCAGAAUUCAUGCUGGACAAGGAAACUUUUCAGUCAAAAUAUUAAGCCUCACAUCUUGCUUAAGUCAUUGCUUGUAACAUUUUUCAAACGCAGUAGAUACGAUUUGCCAUGUGUGUCUAAAAUCAAGCACAGACAAACUUGCUACCAAACCCAUAUUGUGUCUUAAGUAGAUUCGUUGUACUAUGUGCUAAGGUCAUACACCUUUUCCUUUGGAAUGAGAGAGAUGUGAAAUUAAACACACACACACACUGAUCCAACAAGUAUAAUUUGCAUGCACUGAAGUUUGCUAUGCAGGUUAAAAAUUACAGCACCUGGUGUUGGUUACGUGCUGAUCCUUGCUGAACCAGGUCCACAUGUGUGUGCCCCUUAACAAAUGGAUAUUUUGAUAUUAAAAGGAGAAAUUGGCUGGCUCUUAUUUAGUCACAUCACCAUUUGCUGAAGUUACUGUUUCCUUGUGUUCCUCAAAUUUACCAUUGUAAACAUCUACAAAAAGUGUACACUUACUGUUUGUGUGCCGUAAAGUACUGUGAGUCUGGAAUGCAAAGGCAAUGUAUUACAGUGUCUGUGCCCAAUACUUUGAAUGGAAUCUAAAACUGUGACUUGGAGAGACUUAGCUGUAAUGUUUAUAGAUGUAAAGAACAAAAGCUGACACUCGCCAGUGAGACAAGAAAGGGGAGGAAGCCAAUGCGAAACUCUCGCAGGCAAAGCCCCAUUGUGAAAUGAAAGGGUGCAGCCCUGAAAGCACGGCAGUGCUCAGCUCUUGUUCGUUCCAAAGGGGCUUUAACAGGAGAACCUCCUGAAGGAUUGUGCCAAAAAGCACACGAGCUCCUAAUUGUCAUUAAAAUUCAGUGAUGUUACAGAUGUUUGCAUGUUAGAUUAUUAUUAUU